AUGGCGCUCCCUCGCGGCUUCUCCACUGCAGCAACGCUCGUCCUCGUCGCCCUGCUCGCGGCGUCCCUCCUCCCCGCCUCUCACGCGCGCAAGGACGUGCUCAUCUCCGCGGACGACGCUUCCGCCACGCUCCCCGCGUCCGCCUCCGCGGACGCCGCCGUGUCUAAUGCCGCCAGCGCUGCCGCCAGCGCUGCCGCGGGCGGUGCAAGCGGCGUGGAGGCUAUCACGGAUAUGUUUCAGCGCCAGGGCCCGCGGAUUCUUAACGUGGAGUCUUAUAUGGCGGAUGAGCCUCUUCCGGAGCACCUGCAGGAUCUGGAGUUGCACCGGCGCGAGCUUCAGUCCAAUGGCCCCCUUGCCGAUAAUUGCGGCAGGACGACACUUAGGAUCGCUCAGAAGUACCUGGGAGUGUUUUACCAGAAGAAUUAUUUGUUCAAUAUCACCAUGAUCAACAAGUGCAAGUACAGCCUCCUCAGCCCCCUUAUCCUCUUCGGCUGCAUCGACUUUGGAAAUCUCAUGGAAGGUUCUCUUGACAACCCCGCACGCAACCCCACCCCGUUCCAGCGAGUUCCCGUCUUCGACGAGUGCUGCGCGACCAGGUUCGGCAGGGGUAACUGCCAGAUUCAGUUCAACCAGGGCCCCAGGGCCGAAAUCUUCAGCUCCAGUUUCUUUUGCAACCAUUUUUCGUUUCCACCUCUCCUCGCAACUACUAUGGCGCUCUCUCACGGCCUGCGAGGAGCUUCAAGCUCGGUGGAGCUACAGCCUAAGCGAACAACUCUCCUCGCUGCUGCACCGGCGCUUGCCCUCAUCGCCCUCCUCGCGACAUCGCUCCUCCCCGCCGCUCACGCGCGCAGGGACGCGCUCAGCUCCGCGGACGACGCUUCCGCCACCUCAUCCGCGCUCCCCGCGUCCGCCUCCGCGGAUUCCGCCAUUUCCGCCGCCGGUUCCGCCGCUGGUGACGGCGCGAGCGGCGUAGAGGCUAUCGCGGAUAUGUUUCAGCGCCAGGGCCCGCGGAUUCUUAACGUGGAGUCUUAUAUGGCGGAUGAGCCUCUCCCGGAGCACCUGCAGGAUCUGGAGUUGCACCGGCGCGAGCUUCAGUCCAAUGGCCCCCUUGCCAGCAAUUGCGGCAGGACCACCCUUAGAAUCGCUCAGAAGUACCUGGGAGUGUUUUACCAGAAGAAUUAUAUGUUCAACAUUACCAUGGUCAACAAGUGCAAGUACAGCCUCCUCAGUCCCCUUAUCCUCUUCGGCUGCAUCGAUUUCGGAAACCUCAUGGAAGGUUCUCUCGACAACCCUGCACGCAACCCCACCCCGUUCCAGCGAGUUCCCGUCUUCGACGAGUGCUGCGCGACCAGGUUCGGCAGGGGUAACUGCCAGAUUCAGUUCAACCAGGGCCCCAGGGGUAAUGUUCAGCUUUACCCCGGGCAGGCGGUGUCUUUUCUUUACGCAUGGAAUAAGCCGAUGUGGCCGUGCGCUCGGGAGCUGCACUUUGCGAAUGGGGACACGUAUUUCAUGCCCAACGAGUUUGUGGGCACGGAGUGUACAAUGCCUAUUUUGUAUGGUGUUGGUAAGAAUACGGGUUGGUAA